GGCUAAUCAUGAGAUGUGAUUUUGAAGUCAGCUGGUUGGUCAAGCUAUUCCCAUCCAACUCGACUAGUUCCUCAGUCAUUCGACACAGAUCAUCUACGUUGGUGAUCAAUAGCUAAUUGAGGACCAUGUGUUCGUUCACAAGCUUAUUGAAGUUACUCCAACUAUGAAAACUUCCCUAGGGUUCUCUACGAUCGUUCAGCUUAGAAAUAAUUCCUAAGCAACUUUGAAAUCUCAAUUAGUUCAUUUCUACGGACUUAAAAAAGUAUCUGUAGCAUUUUUAGACUGAGAAAUUGACUUACAUUUUUCAAUAAAAUGAAAUAUUCUUCUUAUGUUGGAUGCCACUGGAAUAAUUUGAUGUCCUUUAUCUUAAUAACUUCGAUUGAUCAAAAAUAAUAUUUUCUGUCUCCAGAUCAUCAAAGUACCAGAGGAGGUAUUUCACCUUUCCAUACCUGAGCAAUGUCUUAUGCAACUCAGCUGAUGCUCAGCUGAUCCUGAGAUACAAAUCAGUGAUAAUUUUCAUAGACCGACUAUACUAAAGAAUAGGAAAAUUCAUGAUAGUGGUGAGAAAGAAAUCUUAUGAAGAUAGGCUUCAAUGCUCGUGGUUAACCUUUCUGAGUUGUAAGAGGAUAAGACGUAAACUGACGACGGCAUACAACAUACUAAGCAAGCCAAGCCACCCCAACACAUAUAUCCUACCAAAACCUCACCAACACGGUCGACGAGUCGAUCCCAAAAUUAUCUCGGGUAUACUUCCGCCUAUUUUGAUGACAGCUCCGAUAAUUUAGCAUGUUGUCCUGGUAGAAAGGAUUACAGCAACCUAAGGCUAUUGCUUCACGAGGAUAUUUGAUAAUGAUUGCUCACGGAAUUUCAUCUCCUGUUUAGAAAAGCGGUCUCUAAUGAAUAGCUUGUGAUUUAUUUGCUUUUAUCAUAAUCAGAUAUCAUCACUUUAGUCUUAUCUCUUUAACCCUCAACUACGUCUACUUGUGGUUACACUUCGGGUUUCUCAAAUCUUUGGCAUAAUUAAUUGCUUUACUUAUUUGUCUCUUUAAACGAUCACUUUCGCCUAGCUCUCCUACACUCAGAUUUUUUCUUUUUUCCUUUUCAAACUAUAGCUAAUCAAACAAUGCGUGGUAAUGCGGUAGCUGAUAGUGCCAGGAACCAUACUGUUGUGGAACGAACAUAAUACCCAAACACAUAAAUAUCUACUAAAAUGACUAGAAAUAUUCGAGUUGAGUGACUGAACACCUCUAACUGAGCAUUGCUGAAGACGUUUAAUCGUACUGAAACACAAAAGAGCGAACGCAAAGGAACUGACCGUUUCAUACAAGCUCGUCACAAUUAUGUUCGUUAUUGAAUUUUGAAAUUGACUAACCUUGGGGGACGCAAAUUGUAUAUAGUUAGGCGUUACAGUGAGGAGAUACCAUCUAUUCAAAUUAUGGCAUAUUCAAGUCGUGAUGAUAAUUCAGUAGUACCAAAUUACGCAUUAGAUACAAGUCUAGCAACAAACAAAUUACGUAUUACUAUACAAAUUCAUGGCUUAAAAUCAUCAACUAUAUUAGAAUUUCAUAAAAAACUUAUUCCCAAACUUUACAAAAAAGCAUCAAAUGGUGAAAUAGUAUUUCAUCUAAGUAAUGAUGGUUUUCUGUUUGAAUUUCAUGGGCUUGAUACUUUAAAAGACUGUAAUUAUCGACUUCAUGUUAACAAAUUACCGGGCACACUAGAUAAUAAACGGUCACAAUUGAUUGUACGUGAAGAUGCUGUGGAAAUUAUUCUCAUAAAAAUUGACGAUAGUUCAUGGUCAUCUGUUCUAAGUGAGGGUUUACAUAUUAUUGAGAAUGAGAAGAAGUAAUCUUUUCUAUGUGAUAAUAAGUUCUUUUUUUCGAAGACAUUCCAGCUUAUAAUAAAUACUGCUUUUCAAUUUGCCUACUUUUCCUACCAGGUUUUAGGUAAAUGUAAAUAAUUUAUUUGAUUUCCGGUUUGUAUCUUCAGUUUAUGACUUCAUUUACUAGUUUAUAUUUAUUCAAAUUUUAUUUUAAUUUCCUGACAAAUAAUUUAUGUCUUGUUUAUUACCAGUGAAAUGCUGUUUUCUUAAUUAAUGUACACUAAGAACAUUUUGUUGCAUUUUGACAAUAGACUCAUGUAAAAAGAACUUUUUUUUCGUUAUUUCGGUUUGCUUAAUCUACUGUAAGUGAAGUUAAAUUUACUGUGACAUAUUUUGACUGGCAUUUUCUUUUUCAAUAAAGAUUAAUCUUAAUAUAAAUUUACUGCUUAAAUUAUCAACCAGUAAGGUUAUUUCUUCAAAUUUACCUAGUCUAAAAUAGUAGACAAUAUCAUUUACUCUUAUACAUUGAAAAUUUCCAUUUGGAAACAAUGAAAAGAUUGCUACAUUUUGUAUCCUAUGUACAUAUAGGUGUAUAUUAGCUUCAUUGACACUAGUUGUAUUAGACCAACCAUUUGGCAAUCUUAUCACCGAGUUAUUAAUCAUGACUAUUUGGAGAGUAGAUAAGGAC